UACUAAAGAAAAAAAAAGGUGAAAAUGGAGUAUGAAAUUUUAGGUUUGGUCCUACUUUUACUUGCAUGGGUUGCAUGGGCUAUAUUGACGGAGCGACGACAACGACGACUCGAGGAAUACGGGCGGUUACCACCAGGACCACGGUGGUGGCAACUAGUAACCAACAUUUUUCAAUCAGGUUUUGCACCACAUGUAUCAUUUGCAAAAUUGGCUAACAAACAUGGUCCUAUAAUGACCCUUUGGUUAGGUUCAAUGACCACAGUGGUUAUUUCAUCUAAUGAAGUGGCUCGUGAAAUGUUCAAGAAUCAUGACAUCGUGCUUGCAGGUAGAAAGAUAUACGAAUCCAUGAAAGGCGAUAUAGGAAAUGAGGGUUCACUCAUCACUAAUCAAUAUGGUCCACAAUGGCGUAUGUUAAGGAGAUUAUGCACGACAGAGUUCUUCAUAACAAGUCGUCUUGAUGCCAUGAGAGGUGUACGUACAAAAUGCAUCGAUCAAAUGAUUAAAUUCAUGGAAGACGCGGGGAAUUCAGGCACAACUUCCAUUGAUGUUGGAAGGUUUUUCUUCUUAAUGUCAUUUAACCUAAUCGGAAACCUAUUGAUUUCAAAAGACCUAGUUGAUCCAACAUCGGAUAGAGGUGCAAAGUUCUUUUACCAUGCAGGAAAAGUUAUGGAGUUUGCAGGAAAACCUAAUAUCGCAGACUAUUUUACUAUUUUGAGAUGUCUUGAUCCACAAGGUAUAAGGAGGAAGACGCAAUUUCAUGUUAGAAGGGCAUUUGAUAUCGCGGGUGGAUAUCUUAGAGAAAGAAUGGACGAUAUCGAAAAUGGUGAAGAGAGAAAAAAGGAUUAUUUAGAUGUACUUCUUCAAUAUCGUGGUGAUGGUGUGGAGGGUCCUUCUAGGUUUUCAUCUCAAACGAUUAAUACCAUACUUUUUGAGAUGUUCACAGCAGGGACAGAUACAACUACCAGUACAUUAGAAUGGGCAAUGGCAGAGCUACUCCACAACCCUACUACUCUUCAAAAAGUCCAAGCCGAGUUAAGAAGAGUCAUUAACCCCUCAAAUAAGCUAGAAGAAGAAGACUUGGACAAACUUCCUUACUUAAACGCGGUGAUCAAAGAAACCCUAAGGUUACACCCUCCACUUCCAUUCUUAGUCCCACACAUGGCCAUGGACUCUUGUACCAUGUUAGGUUAUCACAUCCCAAAAGAAACACAAAUUCUUGUUAACAUUUGGGCAAUUGGUAGGGAUCCAAAGACGUGGAAAGAUCCUUUGAAGUUCAAGCCAGAGAGAUUCUUGGAACCUAAUAUGAUAGAUUAUAAGGGUCAUCAUUUUGAGUUUAUACCAUUUGGUUCUGGUCGAAGAAUGUGCCCUGCAGUUCCCCUUGCUUCUCGUAUGCUACCACUAACUUUAGGGUCAGUUUUACACAAGUUUGAUUGGGUUUUAGCUAAUGGAGUGAAACCAGAAAAUUUGGACAUGAAUGAAAGAAUGGGGAUGACUUUGAAGAAAGCAAUUCCAUUAAAGGCUAUACCAUGUUUGUACAUAAAAAAUAUUGUGUAA